AUGUUCAUCAGUACAAGAUGCAGAAAUAAAGGCUUCAUCCUUAGGAACUUUGUAUGGGCAAAAUCAUCGAUUUUUCGUUCCGUUUCGAAUCAAUCGGUGCAGCCAAAAGUGGCUACAAAACCAGACGGUAUUUUCAGUUAUGCUCUGAUAGACAACAAAUCCUACAUCAAGAUACGAGGACCCGACACUGUGAAGUUUUUAAAUGGAUUAAUUACCUCAAAACUAUUGCCUAAUUUUAUCAAGAAAAACCUUACCACUAUAGAAAACAGUGAGGCAUCUCCAGAAAAUGACAAGAAUAAGGCCACCCUGAAUGUUCCUGUGCCCGAGUUCGAUGCGAGCCUGGGAAAUUGGGGACUAUACAAUGAAACAGGUACUCAAGGGCCUUAUAUCUCCAGAUUUGGUUUGUAUUCUGCCUUUUUGAACGGUAAGGGGAAACUGAUAACAGACACAAUUGUUUAUCCUACACCUGUAUCAGCAAGUGAGGGAACUCCGAACUACCCUGAAUAUUUGUUGGAGCUUCACGAGAAUGUCGUUGAUAGGAUCCUACAUGUGUUGCAAACUCAUAAAUUGGCCAGUAAGAUUAAAUUUGAGAAAAUUGAUCAUCUCUCCCUAAAAAAUUGGAACGUUGAAAUCCAAUUCCCCAAUUUGCCUGAAGAUAUGGAAAAUCCAUGGUUUGACAAUUUGUUAGAUCCCAUGGCUUUGGCAAAGACAUCCGAAGAUGCUAGUAAUUUCGCUGCCAAUGUUUUACAGUCCCUUUUCAAAUCGGAUCCUAGGAUUUUGGGCGUUUAUGUGGAGAGAAGGACCGAGUCAAUCUCAAGACACAAUUCCACUUUUCCACAAUCUUUUAGGCUGGUGACCUCACAGCAAGUGGAAGAUCCAUCUAAAUUAUUUAAUUUUGACGUUUUUGAGUUCUCCUUCCAAACGAAGAAAACGAACCCUGCUGAAAUCAGACAGAGGAGGUUUCAAAACGGUCUUGUAGAUAGUACUCAGGAUUACAAGCCUGAGACAUUACUGCCUUUAGAACUGAAUUUCGAUUUCCUACCCAAUACUAUAAGCACAAAUAAAGGUUGUUACGUAGGUCAAGAGUUAACGGCUAGGACGUAUGCUACCGGUAUUCUACGGAAACGUCUAGUGCCUGUUAAGUUAGAAAAUCACAGCCUUUUGGAUACGGAUCCAGAGAAAAAAUACGCAGAAAUCCACCUAGAUUCAACAUCGACAAUCGAAAAAGAUCUUGCUCAUCUUGACUCAGCGGCUGUUAAUCCGUUCUCUAAUAAAACGGCAGCACUGCCCAAGAGGAAACAAAGACCAGCCGGUUCGUUGAUUGCUAACGAGGGACAAUACGGCGUAGCAUUAUUGAGGAUUGAACAUUUCUCCGCAGCCUUCUCAUCUGAUGACCCUGUAGAGUUUUCUAUAACUACAGCAAAGGGUGAAAACGUCAAGGUCAUACCUCAAAGACCAUUCUGGUUCGAAAAUUGGCAAGAAAACAACGACCUUCGUAAAUAA